AGGCGGCCCUGACCCCACCUGCUGCCGAAGCAGGUGUCCCCGAGUCGCAGAAUCCACAUGACAGGCGGUGGAAAGAGCCAGGAGAGCGGGAAGCUAUGGGGCGGCCGGUUUGUGGGCGCCGUGGACCCCAUCAUGGAGAAGUUCAACGCGUCCAUCGCCUACGACCGGCAGCUGUGGGAAGUGGAUGUGCAAGGCAGCAAGGCCUAUAGCCGGGGCCUGCAGAAGGCAGGGCUCCUCACCAAGGCUGAGAUGGACAAGAUACUCCACGGCCUGGACAAGGUGGCGGAGGAGUGGGCCCAGGGCACCUUCAAACUAAAUCCCAACGAUGAGGACAUCCACACAGCCAAUGAGCGGCGUCUCAAGGAGCUCAUUGGUGAAACCGCAGGGAAACUGCACACAGGACGAAGUCGGAACGACCAGGUGGUCACAGAUCUCAGGCUGUGGAUGCGGCAGAACUGCUCGACGCUCUCUGCCCUCCUCCGGGAGCUCAUCAGAACCAUGGUGGACCGGGCAGAGGCGGAACGGGACAUCCUCUUCCCAGGGUACACACACCUGCAGAGGGCUCAGCCCAUCCGCUGGAGCCACUGGAUCCUGAGCCACGCCGUGGCACUGACCAGAGACUCUGAGAGGCUGCUGGAGGUGCAGAAGCGGAUCAACGUCCUGCCCCUGGGGAGCCCUGGCAACCAGGAUGCAACUCUGGGUGUGUAUGUGCCAGGGCCUGCUUUCCAGGAGCCCUGGUCACUCAGAAUCCCCUGCCCCUGCAGUGGGGCCAUUGCAGGCAAUCCUCUGGGUGUGGACCGGGAGCUGCUCCGAACAGAACUCAAAUUUGGGGCCAUCACUCUCAACAGCAUGGAUGCUACCAGUGAGCGAGACUUUGUGGCCGAGUUCCUGUUCUGGGCCUCGCUGUGCAUGACCCAUCUCAGCAGGAUGGCUGAGGAUCUCAUCCUCUACGGCACCAAGGAAUUCAGCUUUGUGCAGCUCUCCGAUGCCUACAGCACUGGAAGCAGCCUGAUGCCCCAGAAGAAAAACCCGGACAGCCUGGAGCUGAUCCGGAGCAAGGCGGGCCGAGUGUUUGGACGGUGUGCUGGGCUCCUGAUGACCCUCAAGGGACUUCCGAGCACCUACAACAAGGACUUACAGGAGGACAAGGAAGCCGUGUUUGAAGUGUCAGACACCAUGGGUGCCGUCCUCCAGGUGGCCACUGGCGUCAUCUCUACGUUGCAGAUUCACCGUGAGAACAUGGUGCAGGCUCUUAGUCCUGACAUGCUGGCCACUGACCUCGCCUACUACCUGGUCCGCAAAGGGAUGCCAUUCCGCCAGGCCCACGAGGCCUCUGGGAAAGCAGUGUUCAUGGCGGAGACCAAGGGGGUCGCCCUCAACCAGCUGUCGCUGCAGGAGCUACAGACCAUCAGCCACCUGUUCUCGGGCGACGUGAGCCAGGUGUGGGACUACGGGCACAGCGUGGAGCAGUAUUCUGCCCUGGGUGGCACCGCCCGCUCCAGCGUCGACUGGCAGAUCAGCCAGGUGCGAGCGCUGCUUCGAGCCCAGCAGGCCUAGGUCCCCCACCCCGCUCCCCAAUAAAGUGCGCCUCGAGGAGGCUGCUGCCUGUC